AUGGAGAAAGACAUAAUCAGCCAACUCCCAGAUGAAAUUCUUCAACACAUUCUCUCCUUUAUCGACAUCUAUGAAGUCGUUCAAACAACCAUUCUAUCCAAGAGAUGGAAAGACCUCUGGCGUUCCCUCCUCAAUAUCCGCUUGCACCUCCACGGCUACGUCUCCUACUACUGCUUCGUCUCCCACUUCCUCUCCCACCGCGAUGCCACAGCCCCCGUCCACAGCCUCCACCUCUCAAUCGACGACAAAUUCAAUCUCACACUUGUGGAGGAAUACGUGCUCUACGCCAUCAAUCACGGCGUUCAAUCCCUCCACCUCCAUGCCCCCAUGGACCUAAUCCUGACCCUUCCUGCCGCGCUUUUCACCUCCACCACGGUGCGGGAGCUCGAGAUCAGGGUGAAACACACCACUCUUGACUUACUUGAACGAUUCUCUUUACCAAAUUUCAAAACCCUUUAUCUCGGAACACAUUUGUUCUUCAAUGAUGAUCAAAGGAUGGAGCCGUUUGCCGGCCUCACGGAGCUCGAGAAGCUUUCUCUGCGCAGGUUUCCGAUGAAUGGCCUUGUUUUAAAGGCUCCCAAGCUUAGAGCUCUUGAAAUCUUCGAAUCUGAUAAAAUCCAAGAGAUUUAUGCUCCCUUGCUAACCUCGUUCCGAUACGAGGGCUAUUUACCUUGGGAAUCAAACUCACCGGUGGAGGAGUCAAUGAGUGGAAAGACUACAACAAACUCACCGGUGGAGGAGUCAACGAGUGGAGAGACGGCAGGAGCAACCCCAACGCCGACGCCGACAGCAUUGACUGGAGCGGAGGAAGAGUCGGCGCCGAGCGAUAACGAUCAGAUGGGAAGAUCAAAGGAGGAUUUAGAGAAGAUCACAACGAGGAAGCUAAGGCCGAGGAAACAGCUCAAGCAGCCUGAUCGCUACCAAGACUUCAUCGCCAAGUAG